AGACUGCGUACUUUACGUUGAUGUCUUGUCGUAGCAGAGGCCCAGGUAAAAGGAAGUGGUCCCCCGUGGGCGAGUUGCUACCAGAUCGGGACAACGAACGUAAAUGGCAAUUAAAACAUCCAGCGGAUGAGUUUGAUCAACAAAAAGCACACCCCGGUCUGUUUUGAGCCAAAUGUGGGAAAGCAUCAAGAGUUGGAGAUCUGUGUUAUCAUGAAGCCCAGAUUAACAUUUGUCUGCCUAUCCCAGUAUUCUGUAAUCUUGAACUGUUAAAAGAAGAGGAGGAUGAAAUGAGAUAAAGUGGACGCCUGGAGGAGCCCAGCCCCCACACCUCCACCUGUUUGAACCAUGGCAGGCCUACAGCUCGUCACCCCUGCCACUUCACCCAUGGGGCCUUUCUUUGGUCUUCCGUGGCAGCAGGAGGCUAUACACGAUAACAUAUAUACACCCAGAAAAUAUCAGGUAGAACUUCUUGAAGCAGCUCUUGAACGCAAUACCAUCGUCUGCUUGAAUACCGGCUCAGGGAAGACUUUUAUUGCAGUACUUCUAACAAAAGAGCUCUCCCACCAAAUUCGUGGACCUUACCAAGAAAAUGCGAAGAGGACUGUUUUUCUGGUGAACACAGCUUCAUCUGUAGUUCAGCAAGCAGCUGCAGUCAGGACUCACUCUGACCUCAGUGUGGGAGAGUACACAGAUUUUGAGGCGACCGUGGUGUGGACUGACCAACAGUGGAGUGGAGAGAUCACUGAGAAUCAGGUGCUGGUCAUGACUUGCCACAUAUUCCUUCAUAUUCUGAGGAAUCAGAUCUUACCGUUGUCAAAGAUCAACUUGGUGGUGUUUGAUGAUUGUCACCUGGCCAUCACAGAGCACCCUUACUGUGAGAUAAUGAAGCUGUUUGAGGGCUGCUCCUACACUCCUCGUAUCCUGGGACUCACAGCCUCCAUUCUGAAUGGAAAGUGUGACCCGUCAGAGUUGGAACGGAAGAUCCUGAAUCUGGAAAGAAUCCUUAAGAGCAAUGCUGAGACUGCCACUGACCUCGUGGUCCUGGAUAGAUACGCCUCUCAGCCCAGAGAAGUGGUGCUGGACUGCGGUCCCUAUGUGGACAAGAGUGGCCUCUCCUCCCGUCUGGAGGCGGAGCUCAGUGAAGCGCUCCACUUCCUGAAUGAUUGUAACAUAUCUGUCAAAGAGGACCGUGAUCCCACAUUCAUCUCCAAGCAGGUCCUCAAUGACUGCCGGGCCGUGCUGCAGGUGCUGGGGCCCUGGUGUGCAGAUAAGGCAGCAGGCAUCAUGGUGCGUGAGCUUCAAAAGUACAUCAAACAUGAGCAGGAGGAGCUCAACCGCAAGUUUCUGCUCUUCACAGACACCAUUCUGCGCAAAGUGCACGCGCUCUGUGAGGAGCACUUCUCCCCCGCCUGCCUGGACCUCAAGUUUGUCACACCAAAGGUCCUCCGGCUGCUGGAGAUCCUGCACGAAUAUAAGCCGUUUGAGCGGCAGCAGUUUGAAAGCGUGGAGUGGUACAACAACCGCAACCAGGACAACUAUGUGUCCUGGAGCGACUCUGAGGACGACGAUGAGGAUGAGGAGGUGGAGGCCAAAGAGAGGCCUGAAGCUAAUUUUCCCUCUCCAUUCACCAACAUCCUGUGUGGGAUCAUCUUUGUGGAGAGGCGUUACACAGCAGUUGUCCUCAAUCGUCUUAUCAAGGAGGCAGGGAAGCAGGACCCAGAGCUGGCUUACAUCAGCAGCAACUUCAUCACCGGCCACAGCAUUGGCAAGAACCAGGCCCGGAACAAGCAGAUGGAGGUGGAGUUCAGGAAGCAAGAAGAGGUUCUUCGCAAAUUCCGGGCUCAUGAAACCAAUCUGCUGAUUGCCACCAGCAUCGUUGAGGAAGGUGUCGAUAUUCCAAAGUGUAACCUGGUGGUGCGAUUUGACUUGCCUACAGAGUACAGGUCCUACGUCCAAUCCAAAGGCAGAGCUCGGGCUCCUGUCUCAAACUACAUCAUGCUGGCUGACACUGGGAGGACCAAAGCCUUCGAAGAAGAUCUCAAUACAUACAAGGCUAUAGAAAAAAUCUUAAGGAAUAAGUGCUCCAAGUCAGUGGAGGUGGGUGAGUUUGAAGUGGAACAGGUGAUGGAUGACGACAACAUCCUCCCACCGUAUGUUCUCCGAUCUGAGGACGGAGGUCCCCGGGUCACCAUCAAUACAUCCAUCGGACACAUUAACAGGUAUUGUGCUCGGCUGCCCAGUGACCCUUUCACACACUUAGCGCCAAAAUGCAAAACUGUAGAGACUGACGGACGUUUCCAGUCUACACUCUUCUUACCCAUAAACUCCCCUCUGCGAGUUCCUGUCAAGGGGCCUGUGAUGAACUGUGCCAGACUGGCAGAGAAAGCAGUUGCACUAGUAUGCUGUGAGAAACUCCACAAAAUAGGUGAACUGGAUGAUCACCUGAUGCCAGUGGGGAAGGAGACGGUGAAAUACGAGGAGGAACUCGAUCUUCAUGACGAGGAGGAGACCAGCGUCCCAGGCCGGCCCGGUUCUACAAAGAGAAGGCAGUGCUACCCUAAAGCCAUACCAGAGUGUCUGCGUGACUGUUAUGCUGUACCAGAGCAGACCUACUACUUAUAUGUGAUUGGGAUGGUGCUCACCACCCCUCUCCCCGAUGAGCUCAAUUUCCGUAGAAGGAAGCUCUACCCACCAGAGGACACCACCAGGUGCUUCGGUAUAUUGACUGCCAAACCCAUACCUCGAAUUCCCCAUUUUCCGGUGUACACUCGUUCCGGUGAGGUGACAAUUUCCAUUGAGCUGCAGAAGUCUGGCUUCACACUCACCACUGCCCAGCUUGACCUCAUAACGCGUCUCCACCAGUACAUUUUCUCCCACAUCCUCCGCCUGGAGAAACCCGCGCUGGAGUUCAUGCCCACGCUGGCUGACUCUGCUUACUGCGUUCUACCUCUGAAUGUUGUUGGGGACUCCAGCACACUAGAUAUGGAUUUCAAGUUCAUGGAGGACAUUGAGAAGUCUGAGGCCCGCACUGGCAUUCCUACCACUCAGUACACCAAGCAGAACCCCUUCACCUUUAAGCUGGAGGACUACCAGGAUGCUGUCAUCAUUCCAAGGUAUCGCAACUUCGACCAGCCUCAUCGCUUCUAUGUUGCUGAUGUGUACACAGACUUGACGCCACUCAGCAAGUUUCCUUCACCAGAGUAUGAGACCUUUGCUGAGUACUACAAAACAAAGUACAACCUGGACUUGUCUAACCUGAACCAGCCACUCCUGGACGUAGACCACACCUCCUCCAGACUGAACCUGUUAACCCCUCGCCACCUAAACCAGAAGGGUAAAGCCCUGCCCCUCAGCAGCGCAGAGAAGAGGAAGGCCAAGUGGGAGAGUCUGCAGAACAAACAGAUCCUGGUUCCAGAAUUGUGUGCCAUCCACCCUAUUCCAGCCUCCCUGUGGAGAAAAGCAGUGUGUCUGCCCAGCAUCCUCUACCGCCUCCACUGCCUGCUGACUGCUGAGGAGCUCAGAGCCCAGACAGCCAGUGAAGCUGGAGUGGGAGUUCAGACCCUCCCGCCUGACUUCAGAUAUCCAAACUUGGACUUUGGCUGGAAAAGGUCUAUUGACAGCAAAACGUUCAUCUCCUGUCCUGAGUUCUGCAGUGAGGACGGUGACAGUCACUGUAAGCACCAAGAGACUGUAAGCCCUGAUCCCUGUUCCCUAACACUGCCCGGUGUUGAGCACUCUUCCAUGCCUGAGCAGGGGCUUUUCAUGGCUUUUGUUUCGGAAGAAGCCUCCUGCACCAGGAACCUAACUAAUGGCACUGCCUUCGUCACUAGCUGUGAUGACGACUGCAACCAAAAUGAGCACCUUCACCACAGUGAUAAUUGCCAAUGCUCCCAGCCCAGCUCUGCUAUGCUGCAGAGCUCCAAAUCAAUACAAACCACUACCUCAGUUCCUGUGCAGCCCCCUCACAGCUUGAAGAAGCCCAGCUCCAGUCCUCCACAGCCUAGUGAUGAAUGUACACCAGGGAGGACUUCAAACCACACAAACAAAGCUACCUCAAUCUGCAGCCGAGCAGCCACGGGUCCCAACACUCCCACAGCACCUUCUCCUGAUGUUGUUGCAGCCCCCCAACAUAGAUCCCAGGCGGGAGACUCCCCCAAGAACUUGGGGCCCAACCCAGGUCUCAUCCUGCAGGCCCUGACCCUUUCAAAUGCCAGUGACGGCUUCAACCUGGAGAGGCUGGAGAUGCUUGGCGACUCUUUCCUGAAGCAUGCCAUCACCACCUACCUGUUCUGUACCUACCCGGACGCUCACGAAGGACGUCUCAGCUACAUGCGCAGCAAGAAGGUGAGCAACUGUAACCUGUACCGUCUGGGAAAGAAGAAAGGGCUUCCCAGCAGAAUGGUGGUGUCCAUCUUUGACCCUCCCGUUAACUGGCUGCCGCCUGGAUAUGUGGUCAACCAGGACAAGAGCAGCACUGACAAACUGAACUCAGAGGAGGCCAAAGAGGAGCUUCUGGCCAAUGGGCGAUCAGGAAAUGAGUAUGAUGAGGAUGAUGAGGAGGGUGAGGAUGUAGAUGAAGAUGGCGAGCUGAUGCUGAAAGAUGAGCCAAAAGAUGAAGUCAACAUGGAGGAUGAUCUCGAGUAUUACAAGGAGCACAUUCGUUUCAUUGACAACAUGUUGCUGGGAUCCGGAGCAUUUGGGAAGAAGAUCUCACUGAGCGGCUUCCCCACCCCUCUCACUCCAACUUCAGGACCCUCACCAGCUAUGGAGUCUCCGUAUGAUUGGAAGACCCCCAAGAAGCCCAUCCAUCCAGCAGCAACUCAUUACCCCACAGAGCAGGUGCCCAGUGGGCCCUCGGCUGAGGAGUUUGACUACAGCUCGUGGGACGCAAUGUGCUACCUGGACCCAAGCAAGGCUGGUGAGGAGGAUGAUUUUGUGGUGGGCUUUUGGAAUCCAUCAGAAGAGAACUGUGGCACCGAGCUCGGUAAGCAGUCCAUCUCCUAUGACCUGCACACAGAGCAGUGUAUCGCAGACAAGAGCAUCGCUGACUGUGUGGAGGCUCUGCUAGGCUGCUACCUGACCAGCUGUGGAGAGAGAGCCGCCCAGAUGUUCCUCUGUUCACUGGGCCUCAAGGUUUUACCGUUGGAGAGAGGAACACUGACUGGAGCGGCGGUGCAGGUUCACACUCAGGCUCAGGCCAGUGACCUGAGCUACGGCUGGCUCAAGAUCCCACCCCGCUGUAUGCUGGAUCAUCCGGACGCAGAGCGAACGCUCAACCACCUCAUCUCCGGCUUCGAGAACUUUGAAAAAAAGAUCAACUACACUUUCCAGAACAAGGCUUAUCUCCUGCAAGCCUUCACCCACGCUUCCUAUCAUUACAACACCAUCACAGAUUGUUACCAACGGCUGGAGUUUCUUGGCGAUGCAAUUCUCGACUACCUCAUAACAAAGCACCUUUACGAAGACCCGCGGCAGCACUCUCCCGGAGUACUGACCGAUCUACGCUCAGCACUCGUCAACAACACCAUCUUUGCCUCUCUGGCCGUCAAAUACGAUUAUCACAAGUACUUCAAGGCCAUUUCGCCCGAGCUUUUCCACGUUAUCGAUGACUUUGUGCAGUUCCAGCUGGAGAAGAAUGAGAUGCAAGGCAUGGACUCUGAGCUGCGGCGCUCUGAAGAAGAUGAAGAGAAGGAGGAGGACAUUGAAGUCCCUAAGGCCAUGGGGGAUAUCUUUGAGUCACUAGCUGGAGCAAUUUACAUGGACAGCAGGAUGUCAUUGGAGACUGUGUGGCAAGUGUAUUAUCCAAUGAUGAGGCCACUUAUAGAGAAAUUCUCUGCCAAUGUGCCGCGCUCUCCUGUGAGAGAGCUGCUGGAGAUGGAGCCAGAAACUGCCAAGUUCAGCCCUGCAGAAAGGACGUAUGAUGGGAAGGUCCGGGUGACGGUGGAGGUCGUUGGAAAGGGCAAGUUUAAAGGCGUUGGCCGCAGCUACCGGAUUGCCAAGUCGGCGGCGGCGCGACGAGCUCUGCGCAGCCUCAAAGCCAAUCAACCUCAGGUCCAAAACAACUGAGCUCCUUACAGAGCACGCAGCAUUAGCACCUAAGUUAUUGAAGCUGAUAGAGAGGAGGGGGGGAGGGGCAGCAUCGGCUUCCCAACACAGCGUGAUACUAGCCCUGUAUCUUCACCCUGUGAUGGCACAACAACGGCAGCCAGGGAACACUGUGUGCAGACACAACAAUAGAAGACUGAUCUCACAAAGGAUUUCACAUUAGAUAUUCUACCCUUUCCUUUUUGUUUUUGCGCAAACACAAUCUUUACUUUCCUCUCUGCUUUGUGUAAUCAUGAGUGCUUUAUUAACGUUUAGCAAAGUGUUUGAAGAAAAAAGGUCAGGUCACAGUGUCAGUUCCUCACUGUUUCUUCUGUUGUUGUCAUUUGUUUUUAACCCUGUGUGUCAGUGAGAUAAGGCUUAUGCUUAUUGUGUAGUAUUAGACUGUAUAUAGUUCAAUCAGAGGUGUAUGCAGGAAGAAAAUAAACGCUAAACUCCUCAGCCUGUGCACUAGUGCCAGUCAGUUUGACAGCGGUUUGUAAAGCGCUGAUGGCAGACGUGGCUAACAGAUCCCACUGGAGCAAACAGCUGGUGGCACUUCUGUCUAAUCUGUCUUGAAGUGGUAUUCUUGAUCAUUUUUGCACUUAUUCCAUUAGGGUCUGUUAUUUUGAGAAUUAUGUGGUCAGAUUGACACCAAAAUCAUAUACAUAGCAAAGAAUAUAAAUAUAUAUAUAAAAUACAUAAAUGAUAUUAUUGGCCUUAGAUGCUAAGGCUUACCCUCAUCCUGCAAAAUGGAUAGGAAUUACAACAUUCCCAGUUACUGUUAAACUAAUUUUAACCGCACUAGAGGUUGCAUGUUCUUGUAGCUUGUGUAUAAACUAAGACAACUGGAUGGCUUCUAUAAUGUUUUAAGGCUACGGCUGUAUCCAUGUGUGUGAGCGCGAGGUCAGACGGCUAAGACGAUAUCUUGGCGAUGUGGUUUAAACGAGUUUUGAUGCGAAGGACGGAGCGGAAUUAGUCAUUCUUGAUGUCUUUCCACAGCAAAUCAUCCAGUUUUGAUAUGAGAGAAAGACAUAUCACCUGAUCAAUAUGCUGCAGAAUUUUCUAUGAAUUGGAUACUCGUGUAAGACACGCAAUCUUUUCAGACCAUCUUUGUGAACAAGACCAAUUCAUUUGAACAGUGUUCGUCACACCCACACCUACCAAAGCUGCAGUAGCUGUGACACUAUGAGAAUGAAGUCACUUCCUGAGGAUCCCAUGCCUUUUUGUUCCAACAGUUUUGCUUCUUGCUAAAUGUCUUUGUUUGCUCAUCAGUAAGCCCUUUCACUUGAAUACCUCAGUUAAUUGCAUGCAUUUCUUGUCUUUAAUUUUUUUCAUUUUUGUUUGGUGCUAUGUGUGUGUGUGUGUGUGUGUGUGUUUCUUUUUUGUAUUAAGCUUGAACUUCUCAUCUUUUUUGCACUGUAACUAUAAUACCUCUUUAUUUGACCUCCUUUUUGUGUUUAGUUUGGUUGUUGGUCUGCCAUCGAGCUGUAGAGGACAGCUGUGUUGUUGACUCUUUGCCCCUUUCAUCCAUGAGGGUGACACUUGAUGAUUUCAGAGGGCGGGGACAGGAAUUGUUUUCUCUGCACAUAAACUGUUUUUCCUCAUUGGUUACUUAUUAAUUUCAUUCAUUUCAAACAAUGUUUUUUUUUUUUUUUAAAUUCAGGGGUAAGAGCAUCGAUUGAUCAGAUGAGCAUCAGUGCUUGCAGAGGUAAUCGGAUUGCACUCUUAAAUCUGCUCCAAAACAUAGAUGAUGAAAAUACUUGACUUGUCUCUUCACUUCUGUCUUCAUAAAUAAGGCUUGGAAGAGACGUUUACCUGUGUGGCAUCUAAACUGUGUUGUAUAGCUAUCUGAACUCUAAUCACAGUCACAUAAUCCCCCACACAGGUGUUUCUACCUCAAAGGACCGUCCUCAGUGUUCCUUUCUGCUCCCGACUGCAGCUCUGUUCAGCUCUCACUACAGCAGCACUGUCCCGUCAAAUCUACCGUUACAAUAAGCUAGUCGACAUUCCUUCAUAAUCAAUUGUGUCUCCUGUCUGAGAUCGAAGAGGUGACACUCAAAUCGUAGUGCCUUCUCUGAGGGAGGAAACCAGUGAUCCCAGGCACUGUUCAUAUCUGAUAUUGAUGUGGCUGCUGGGCGCUCUGCUCACAUGUGGACAGCUGUAACUACGUCCCCGCACGCCUGCCGUUAGAGUGCCUCUCCACAGGCAUUGAUUGACCACUUGUGAUUGGCUCUCAGUUUGCAGCUCUAUAUGCAAAUAUGCAUCCAAAACCCAGAGUCCUGCUCAGGUGCGUUUUCCAAACCUGUGCGUCCAUGUAACUGCAGUUCAGUGGAUGGGUCAUAGGUUACAGUGGGACUGUGGAAACUGAUGAAUUACAGAAAUCUAAUAAAAGGGAAAACUGCCUGAUGAUAGUUACAGGAGUUCUAGCAGCACGGCGGUGCAGCGGUUAGCAUCUUCACCUCACAGCAGGGAAGUUAUGGGUUUGAAUCUCGUGCUCAGCUGGUGCUUUCUUGGGAGAAGCUUCCACGUUCUCCUGCGUGGAGUCCUUCCCAAAGACCAAAGACACGCACCUGCAUUCAUUGGCAGUUCCAGACUGACUCAAAGUAUUGAUUCAAGCAUCAAUGAUAAAGCAUUCAAGUGCAUAGAGGACUUGGACUGCUUGGACUACAAAAGGAACCAAAUUGACUAGAAACAGAAAGCAGAGCUCUACUAAUGCUAACGGUCUCGACCCACGACCCACUCUGGGGUCAAUGCUGCCUCGGCUGUGUGACCCGUGCGGGACUCUGCCAAAUCAUUUUUGGUUUUCACUGGCAGGUGACGCGUCAGUCCUUUGGUGUGCUACAGAACAUGUUCAGGUACACACUGAAUACAUUCAUCAACAUGAAUGUGUGUGUUAUUGCUUUUGAACUUUAUUCCAUAAUAACAAAUUUUUCUUUUAUUCCCAAAUAAAUCGUCACGGUUUCCUUGGCUGACUUUAAACCCACAGCAUAUGUUUCUGUGGCGUGUGUGAUAACCUGAGAGCUCAGCAGCUCAGAACCACCUCACAAACCCAAAUAUCAGUUUGGCUCUGAUUAUUUAUGUUUUAGGGAUCAGGUUUUUAAUCAGCGGCAAAAUCAGAAGCAAGCUUGAGAGCAGGAACGGCAGUCUUUGAUGCCCCACGUCGUGUCCAAACUGAUGUCCAUAUCUUUGGUCCCACAGAUUACCACAUGAAAGCAAAUGUGAAACUUUUGAUCCUUGACAGAGCAUCAGGACAGCUUCCUAUAGUUUAUCAAUCAGAGUGCAAUCUGUUAUUAUUUCUCAAGCAGGCAGAGCUCAACUAUGAAACGCUGAAUGGAGGCUGUGAUUUCUCUUUCCUCAGUCUGUAGUGAACACACUAAUUAUCAGUGAGACUCUGGGAGGGACAGAAGAGCGAUUGUUAAAGACGCCCACUCUGUUUAAUGUGUGACUGAUGGAAAAUGAGGAUCACAAACUCAUCAGCUACAAGUGGCAUCAAUCUCGAACAGCCUUUUUUCUUCUUCUUCUUCCCCAAAUGGAGACGGGAGUGUGUGGGAGCGCUGCAGUGAGGUAGCCCUGCGUUAUUCAGAGUUUUCUUCUACUGGCAGACUUUUUUUUUUCCUUUUUGUACAUGUAGCACAAUUGAGCAUUGCACUUGGGCGCCAUACUUUACCUCAUGUCAGAGUGUGAAAGGGAGUGAACAAUGGAGGAAAAAGAAGUGUGUGUAUAUAUGAUGCCAUGUUAUUAAGGACUAACUCAUGGUUCAGGCUUUGCUGCUGUCUCAGUCGCUGGUGUUACGCAAAUCUAUGUUUAACAAGAGAGAGAAUUAGAUACUCGGAGAGGAAAGAUUCAAAAUGUGCCUGCAAGCUCUCACCUGACAAAUACACUGUAAGAAGAAUCUCUGUAAUCGGGGCUAAAAUGUCUGGAUGUCAUGUCCGCUGAUGUCCUGCCUUAAAUGUGUUUGGAAACGAAUUGUUGCGUCAGACUGACACUUUGAAUUGAAUUCUGCUUUGACUACAAGUGCCGGCCUCAUUUCUGCUCCUGUGGUGGGCUAGUUUGGAUUAUGUGACAAUCUUCCAGCCCCUUGAGAACUUAAAGGAAAAAUCCACGAGCAGGUGUGAUCUAUGAUUUGACUGAAUAAAACCAGAUUCUUUGAUUUGGGAUGGACCGUAAGCUGUUUACGUCACAUUUUCUUUACUUUGAGUUCUCUGCCUGUAAAAUUACUGAUGGACUUCACUGUGGAUGUAAUCAGAACACUUUGGCACAAAUCAUCAGAAAAAGUUCCACCUUUUAAGUAAAACUAUAUAGAAUAUCCUAGUAGCACUAUUUGGGCUUCAGGCUAAUGCUCAGCAGAACGCCUUCAGUGGCAGUCUCAGUGAGCCUCCGGUUCUUUCUGCAGCUGCCGUGAACACAGCACUCUUCAGGUGACCUCAGGUGACCUUCUGGUUAUGAAACAGAGUUGCUGAUAGGUCAGAACAUCCAGCCUGUGCAGCUGCCUGCUCAUCUUUGACAUUUCUGUGCUGCACACAGUGCUGAGUGUACAUUUGCACUGUACUGGGCAAAUUAUGAUCACAACAUCAAGCAUCCUAAUUUUUUAUUUUUUUUUUAAAUCGUGGUGCUCUUAAAAAAUAUCAGAACAUAUAUGGCAGUACCAAAUACACAUGUUCAAUACCUUAUGCUUUCCAGCAUCUGUGCUCGGAUGCUGCUACUGCAGGCUAAUUAUGCCUGAUUACAGCUGCAGUGAUUUUGGCCAGAAUUGUGAAGGGUUGAACAUGAUCUUAAAAUUUCAGAGGUGUGCAGCGUAGCAAAUGCUGCAGGCUAGGUUAUCACACAUGGGAACAUUAGAACGGUGUAUGGGUGUGCCUGCCCUGCCUCAUCCAAACAGCAUGGAACAAAGUGCGUGCAGUGCUGUUCAGAUAUUUCCCUGUAUCUGUGAGCAGAGCCGAGUUUUCUUUGCAAAUCAACAAAGUCUGUACGGAUGUGGUGGUAGAAGUAUUUUAAUGUUCAGGGUGCUGAAGGAGGACCUGGGCCCAGCAGCCUUUGAGAUAGUGUGCUUGCGUGGUCUCCAAACCAGCAGGAGUUAUGACAAUCUUGGAUUAUGGGAUCACAUUUCUAAAAGGCUUACUUACAAUCAUUUUGACACCUGUUGUCAAAGUUUUCUGUGAAUGAGUCAAAAGUUCUGUUUACAUCCACUGUAACAUCAAAGUGUCAAAUGUGUGUUGGGUUGGCGCUACAUCUGUAAAACAAAUGUGGAGGUAUCCAGCAUUAUUAGUAUUUUAAGGUGGGUUUUUCCUUUAAGGAGCAAAUACUAAGUGUGAGCAAACUUUAAAGAACCAAAACUGCUUUGUGUAACGGUGAAAGUGGGCUAAAGAGAACUCAUGGCAGCAAGAUGUUGAUCUCAGAGUCGGCGUGGAGCAGAACACCAGCAGAAUGGAGCUACACAGAUCGAGUGGACUGUUAUCAGUAUGAGGAAUUAUGGGCCAUCACAACCUGCAGCAGAUAUAUUUAAGGGACAUUGGAAUAGAACUCCUCAGUCAUACUGUAAUACCAUGCUGCAGUGGUUUGCGGUCUGCACCUUAUGGAUCACAAAUACCUUUAAUUUUGUUCCUCCCCCACCCUUUUGUUUUUAUAAUUGUAGCCUGGUAUAUCUACAAUAAAGUAAUGGUAUGGUCAUUCUC